CGGGCCUUCUUGGUUGUUCUUCCCCACGCCUGGUGGUCGGGAUCUCGCUUUUCGUUCCAACGGCAUCAGCGUCCAUUCCUUCGUGCAUUGUGUCCGGUGAUACCAGCUACCGGACCUCUCCAUCGUCAAAACGGCUGUACUCUCCUCCGCCGUUGGGGACGACCUUGUCCUGCCGUCCCAUCUCCUCGCCAUGCAAACCUCGGAUGCUUCGACCAUCCCUAAUAGUUCUCGUCUGAUCCCACAGGUGUCCAAGCUAUCCGCUAUUAACGCUGAUCACACCGGUUUCUCCCACAGUGCAUACAAUUCCAACAAUUUCAGUGGUCAGGGUUUCGGGGACCGCGUUACUCGCCGUGCGAACAUCCCUUCGAUUAAUACAGGAUCGAACGGCCACAACGCCAACGACUUGUCGGCAUCCGGAGCGCCUUUCGACAUGAACUUCACACCUCUUCUGCCAUCGCAGCUGCUUCUAGGCAGUCCCUUCCAGCCAGGGACUCCUUCGGCCUUUGCCUCACCGCAAUUCACGAACUUUGGCGGUUUUUCCCAGGGCAACCCUUCGGCUCCCGGCCAGAACCACCAGAACCAGCUCGGUAGCCCGACCCAGGCCCAGCAGGGCGCUCUCUCGCCAGGACUUUAUUCGUCCCUGAUGUCGACCGAAGGCUUCGGCGGUUCCCAAUUGCUGGGUGGACCCCAUUCUCCAAUUGGUGGUUUCCCCGGCAUGGGUAAUGCUGCAUUUGGUGGUCCAGCCGCCUCGGUCGGAAUCGCCCCGGGAAUCAUGUCAGGAACAAGCCGCACUGUGUACCUUGGCAACAUCCCUCCGGAGACAUCUGCAGAGGAGAUCCUUAACCAUGUGCGCAGUGGACAGAUCGAGUCUGUCCGCCUGCUUCCUGACAAGAACUGUGCUUUUAUUUCCUUUUUGGAUGGCAGUUCAGCGACCCAUUUCCAUUCGGAUGCCAUCUUGAAAAAGUUGGCCAUCAAGGGCAAUGACAUCAAGAUCGGAUGGGGAAAGCCCUCUCAAGUUCCAACCUCUGUGGCUCUGGCUGUGCAGCAGUCGGGAGCUUCACGAAACGUUUAUCUCGGAAACCUACCGGAAGAUAUCACGGAGGAGGAACUGCGGGAAGAUCUCGGCAAAUUUGGGCCCAUUGAUACUGUGAAGAUUGUGAAGGAGAAGGCCAUUGGUUUUAUUCACUUCUUGUCCAUCAGCAACGCGAUCAAGGCAGUCUCUCAACUGCCUCAGGAGCCUAAGUGGCAGGCCCCGAAACGUGUCUUCUACGGUAAGGACCGCUGCGCAUACGUUUCCAAGACUCAGCAGCAGAACGCCGCCCAGUACUUGGGAAUUGCGCCCGGCUACGCCCAUAUCCUUAACAGCGCCGAUCGUGACUUGAUCUCCAAUGCCUUGGCUCAGCAGUCAGUGGCUGCCGCUGCUGUUGCAACUACCGCUGGAGGUGUCAACAACCUUGGAAACCGAACCAUCUACCUUGGCAACAUCCAUCCUGAAACUACCGUCGAGGAGAUCUGCAAUGUUGUUCGUGGAGGUCUUCUUCAUCACAUCCGUUACAUCCCAGACAAGCACAUCUGCUUCGUCACCUUCAUUGACCCAACGUCCGCGGCCUCUUUUUACGCUCUGAGCAACCUGCAGGGACUGAUGAUCCACAACCGAAGGCUAAAGAUUGGCUGGGGUAAACACUCUGGCGCUUUGCCUCCUGCGAUUGCCCUUGCUGUUAGCGGUGGCGCGUCACGCAAUGUAUACAUUGGUAAUCUGGACGAGACGUGGACUGAAGAGCGCCUCCGUCAGGACUUUUCUGAGUACGGAGAAAUCGAACUAGUCAACACUCUCAGAGAGAAGAGCUGUGCCUUCGUCAAUUUCACCAACAUUGCAAACGCCAUCAAGGCCAUUGAGGGUAUGCGAAGCCGGGAGGAAUACAAGCGGUUCAAGAUCAACUUUGGCAAGGACCGUUGUGGCAAUCCUCCCCGUCAGGUCAAUAGCAACCAGCAGAACCGUAACGGCUCUGGACUGGAAGGACCCCAGUCUCCAUCUCCCGCUCUGAAUGGUUUCCAGCAGAAUUUGAGUCGGUCAGGAUCUCAGUCGAGCCCGACUAGGCCCGCUCUUUCGCCUGCUCCUGGUUCGACAGGCUCGCACUCUCAGAACGGCCAGUCCCGUCAUCCCCUUCAGACAGUCUCGACGCCAUCCAGCAUUCUGAACGCGGGAAACAGCAACCCUUUGACGAUGUAUUUGAAUCAGGUUUCGGCGCAGCAGGCCCAGGAACAGGAGAAUCGUCUUAGUGAUCCGAUUACCCUGGCCACCUUACAGCAACAGCAACAACAAGCCCUUGCCAACCAGCAAGCGGCGCUUUACAAUGGUGCCGGCACCAAUGAUCUUACCAAUGGCGGACUUGACAGCCCCUUGCAUCAGCACAAGCCUUCCAACAGUGGCUUCUUGAAUGUCUCCGGCGGUCCCUCUAGUGGUGGUCACCACACCUCUACGGGUAGCAGCUUGAGCGUGCCACGCGCACAACAUUCGCGGGCUGUCAGCUUGCCUUCUUUUUCUCCUGACGCGUUCGGCCCUUCCGUGGGUCAAACCACCCAAGGUCGUUCCGGUGUUGCUCAUCAACCCCAGGGUAGCUUUUCCAGUUUCAGCUCCGCCCUUGGCGGUCUGAACCACAAUGGCUUUGGUCUGGCUAUCCAGAAUGAAUCCUCUCUGCCCGGCUGGGCUGAAGAGGAGAUUGGGGCCAAAUGAAGCCAUUCUCUGUUCACUUCAAUCGGCAUCUUCUGAUUCUUGACCCUUCGCUGUUUUUUCUUUACUUAUUCGUUUCUUGUACUGGCUUCAAUUAAGUGUUUUCUCUUUUUGCUUGUCCAAACACCUUCACACAUCCAGCGCUGGCUACGAAGUUUUCUCCUUCUACAAGCUGUGCACAGCUUUCGAUCCAGUUGGUUACGAAGACGCAACAGGUCGGCUAUACCCUAGACUGGUUGG